CCUGAAUCCUAUUCCUUACAUUAAACAUCUCACCGCCGUUUUGUAUCGAGAUGACUGCACAAAAAAGCCUCAGGCUUGAAGAAGUAGCCCUGGAAGACGUACCCCGUCUCACAGAGGUAUGGUUCGCAGCUUUUACCGAUCCUGGAAUCCGACGCAUUUGGCCUGAUACACCAGCCGUACGCAACUGGUGGACCGAGGCGAACCGUCACGAUCUGACUCAUAAGCCGUUUCAACGCUACGUCAAAGUUGUCGAUCCAGACUCCAAAGAUGCUAAUGACCGUCCGCGAAUCGCGGCUUUCGCCAAGUGGGAUACGUCGAUGCCACGUGAGCGGGGUCGACGAUAUCUACCAUGGGUUGAGGAUCAGCCUGGUCAAGUCUGCGACGAGUUCAUUGCCAAGGAGGAAGCGGAAAGACUCCGCGUCAUGGGAGACCAGAAGCACUACUAUCUUGAUACUCUGGUCACUCAUCCUGACUAUCAACGCUGUGGAGCUGGCUCAAUGCUUAUGAAAUUUGGCUGUGAUCUAGCAGACAAGGACGGGGUUGCAGCGUAUGUGGAUGCAAGCAAGUCUGGGGCCGGACUAUACAAACGUUUUGGGUUUGUGGAUGAGAGCUUACCCGAUUCUGGUGACGUUGCUUCUAUGGUUCGACGAUAAGGCCCGACGGUCUUUUCAAAUUUGACUGUGCCGCUGCAACGUCGUAAAGCUCAAAAUUUAUUAAACUAAGCGUACACUAGCCGUAUACUGAAGUUGAAGCUAUUCAGACAUGCC